AUGCAACCGGCAAAAAGCAAUGCUAACAGCUCCACGGAUAGUCAGACUGACGUAGAGACCAAAGCUCCUGAGUCAACAUGCGUUGACUCAAACCAGUUUCCCAUUAGGACGGAAGCUGCCACCAUCUCCGCUGACGAUCUCGAAAAUGAAGCACCAGCGACGGCCGGUUUGGAACAGUCCGUAGCAGAGCAUUCGUCGCCAGUCGCCAAGCGUGUCAUGGAGGAUUCGCAGUCACACCGUGCCGUGAUGAGUCCUCUUGGCGGAGCCAAGGGUGCCUUGCUCCUGCCUGUUGAGGAGGAUACGAAGAAAGGAGAAGAUGAAGCUGAAGAUACAGAGCUUGAUACACGAGAUAGACCGUCUACAAUGUCGGACUAUCAAAGCUGUGAUGGUACCUCCACAGAGGAAGCAGAGGAUGAACCAGAAUGUUGCUUGAGAGAGAAUGAUAAGGAACUUCUGAACGUUGCUGCUUGGGUGGAUUCCACGAAGGAUGACAAUCAACCCGCGGAAGAGGCUACAGAAACGUUUCUGGGCGAAGAUCAAGAUGAUCCAAUAAACUUCAAUACAGAGAAAUGGAUCGCGGAUCAGCGGCUGCAAGAGGAGCUGGCUAAAGAGCGGGAAGUGAACGAGAAGCUACGGAACAAGGUGGAGCAGCUUGAACGCGUGGUACAGAAGAUGAACACUGGGAGAGAUGACUUGGAGAAGUCGUUGGAGGCCAGGAGGAUGGAUUUGGCUCGCAAGAUUGAAGAGUUGAAGGAGAAGAAUCGCCGAGCGAAGGAGGAGUUGUCGAAGGCCAAGUCGGAGACCUCAAAUGUCAGAUCAUUGUUGCAGCAGCAGAAACGUGAACUCUCGGCCGUCCGCGAUAAGCUAGCUGCUCAGGGCCACAAGCUAGCAGACGCAGAGGGACAGAACACUCUAUUGAAGGAGCAGCUGGAAGGCCUUCAGCAAAAGAUGCAUCAGAAGCUCGUGAGGAUGCAGUCCGAGCUACAGGCUCUUCGAGACGACAAGGCGCAUGUGGAAGUUCAGGCGAGGGAGCUUGCAAUCACGCAGCAGGAGCACCUCGCUUCUUUCAGUACUGUCUUCCGUAGCCUUUCCUUGAUCGUGCGUUCCCAUCUUUUCGAAGUUAAUGUUCAGUUCUUCUUUCGUCGUCCUCCAACUUGUGCAGGAAGCAUCCGUGUGUUCUGCCGCGCGAGGCCGCUGUCAGAGGCAGAGGAAAAGUUAGGUGCUCAGCCAGCGGUGCUGCUGGAUUCAGAUCCUCAUGGCAGCCAGAUGGUUUCGGUGCGAUCAGCCAAGGACGGACAGAGCAAGGUGUUCGAGUUUGACCGAGUCUUCUCUCCGACCACCAGUCAAGCUCAAGUUUUCAAGGAGGCGGCUGACGUCAUCACGUCGGUUCUUGACGGGUACAACGUGUGCAUCUUCGCGUACGGGCAGACCGGCACGGGCAAGACGUACACGAUGGAAGGCCCCGCGGAGAACAGGGGCGUGUCGUUCCGUACGCUGCAAGAGCUGAUUGUGGUGAGCGUGCUGGAGGUCUACAACGACACCAUUCGCGACCUCCUCGCUCCAACCGGCGGACACGCUGCACCCAACAGCAAGAAGGGUCUGGAGGUGAAGCAGAGGCCAGAGGGUGGAAACUACGUGCCAGGGUUGGUGGAGCAGGAGGUGGGGAGCGUGGAGGAGGCAUGGAAGGUGCUUAUGUCUGGCUCCAAGGCGCGUGCCACCAGCGCCACCAGCAUGAACGAGCACUCCAGCCGAUCCCACUGGUGCGUGCCUCUCCACCUGCCGGCCAGCCUCUUUCUGUCUGAGUUUCCUUUUCCGCCGGUGCGCGGACUUCCCAGGGAUGUGGCUGAUUGUGACCUGCUACUUGUUGCUUUUGGUGCGUGCAGCCUUGUCUGCGUGUCCGUGCACGCCCAGCCAGCGGCGUUCCUGCGGUCCAGCAAAGAGAAGGAGGGAGCCGGAGCCUCGGGUGCGAGUGCGAGUGCGGGGACAGUGAGUCGCCUGUGGCUGGUGGACCUGGCGGGCAGCGAGCGCGUGGCCAAGAGCGAGGCGGAGGGCGAGCGGCUCAAGGAGGCGCAGAACAUCAACCUGUCACUAUCGUACCUGGGAGAGGUCAUCAACGCCCUCGCCAAACGUGCCAGCUUCGUCAACUUCAGGAACUGCAAGCUGACGAUGCUGCUGCAGGACUCCCUGGAAGGGAACGCCAAGGUGCUCAUGUUCGUGCAGGUCAGCCCGAGUGAGAAGGACAGCGUGGAGACUGUGUGCUCGCUGCAGUUUGCCUGCCGGGUGCGUGGCGUGGACUUUGGCGCUAGCAAGAAGCAGACCGACGUUCCCCGACUCAAGCAAGCGCUGGAGAAGGCCAAGGCGGACUGCAAGGAGGUGAAGGAGGCGUACCAGAAGCAGAGCGAGGAGCUGGAGGAAGUGAGGCGCAAGACAGCCACCGAGAAGGAGAAGCUUGUCUCUGAGCUGCAGAUGCAGAUUCAGGAGCGCCAGAAGGAAUAUCAGAACUUGAUGGAUGCUCUGGAGAAGGAGAAGGCGCGUGCACUGCAACAGGCGCAACUGCAGCAGCAGCAGCAGAUCAAGGCAGACUCUUACAAGCAGCCUUCGGUCUCGGCAGACUCACUUCAGGUGGCUUCGCUGGGGACACAUGCUGAGGAGGAGAAGGCUGAGCACGAGCCCCACUGUGAGGCAAGCCUGGAGCAGACCAGUGAAGCAGGACAAGUCAGUGCUUCUGUUGCCGCUGCUACUGCGUCUUCUGCUUCUGCUGCUUCUGCCACUGAUGAUGCUGGUAUGGAAGAGGCAUCUGGCCCCCGCCCAGAGCCGAUUGCUGAGGCUUCCGCGUCUGAGUCUGCACUGGAGGAGGAGGAGAAGGCUUGGGUGGACCUGAAGCAGGCUGGUGACAGAGUGGUCUCCCAGAUUGCAGAUUUUGUGAAGGGUAGAGCAGGUGCUGCCACUGGUGCUUCUGAGAAGCGGGUGGGGCCAGGCAGAGUUCCGGCUAGGAUUCCUGCAGGAUCCUCUGUUGCAGGAGGGGCAUCCGCUCAGAAGGCAAUUGCGGCAGUGACAGCUUCCGGAGUUCCCAAGGCCACUGCAAGGUCGCUGGGGAGCAAGAUUCCAUCGAGCCGCACUGGAGCUGCAUGGGCGGGCUGUGGCAAGGGGGAGAGGAGACGUGAAGCAUGGGAUGACUAUGCUAUGCUGGGUUAUGCACCCGCUGCCAAGAAGAUGAUGCUGCGUAGGGCCACUGCCACUGAUGCUGUUGGGUUGGAGGUUGGCGAAAGGCUGGAGAGGCCAGAGGAAUCAGGAGCUGGGAUGGAUGGCGACCAGAAGGCUUUUGGAACGGAGCUGGAUGCAGUGGGGGCAGUGAGAACCCGGAAGCCUGGUAGGCCACCGUUGGCUGGUCUGCGAGUGAACAAGGUGGUGGUUGGGCGCGAGUGGUAUGAUGAGUGGAGGAGGCAGUCUGCUGAAGUGACCAAGGGGUUGAAGCGCAAUCCGAAUGGCAGUGCCGGUGCAGCUGCUGAAGGAGAUAAGGCGAGCGUGGCUUGUGAUGGUGAGGGUGUGGACGGGUGUGAUGAGAAGAAGGUUGAGGAGGAGGACGUGUGUGAGCAGGGAGCGCGUCAACAGCAGUUGGUGCUGCAUCAGCCUUACCAUGUGUUCACUGCUGGGACUGCUGCUGCUUCUGCUGCUGCUGGAGAGAAAGGGCACGAGGUUACAGCACCACUUGCACUCCGCCAUGGCAUUCCUCCUACUGCAUUUGGCAGCACCGUCAGGCCACAUGCUGUGCGCAGGUCAGGGCUAACUACACCCAUGCCGUCAGCAAUCCCUUCGCUGCACAAGACACUCAUCUCUGUUAUGGCGGCCAAGCUAGCGGCUGCAGCAGUCGCCCUCUCCGCCCGCGCUCGCCACACCCGAACUCCGUGGCUCGGCGUAUGCUCUGCUAACUACCCUCUCCACCCAUUCACCCCGUCCCGCAAUUUCGAUUCCCCGCCGCAUUCCGUCCCUUCCGCCGCACCUCCCGCGAAGGACUCCAAUCCCGCCACACCUGUCAGCCCGCCAUCCUUAGACUGGUCGCCGGAGAGACAGCAACAGCAGGCGCUUUCGCCGAAGGCGGCGCACUUCGCGGAGCCUGGUGGCGGACUGGGCGCGGCGGCAGUAGGGAGACGCGCAGAAGCGGCGGCGGGAAAUGCGGUAACUGUGGAGCCGGGAGCGAGCAGACAGCGGUCGCACGGCGUGCACGUGUUUCAAUGCAAGGACCGGCUGGGAAUAGUGGCGCGCAUAUCGGAGUGCGUGGCCUCUCGGCACGCGAAUCUGCUCAACGUGGAUCUGCACAUCGACUUCGAGGCGCCCACGCCCAUCUUCUACUCCCGCAGUCUUCUCCCACCAGUCAUCCCUCUCGCUCCUCCCCCCACUCCCCACCCUCCCAUCCCCUCCACUCUCCGUUCCCCCACUUCCCCCUUCCCCUGCCCCCUAUCUCCCCCAUCUCCCCCACUUCCCCACUUCCCCUUCCCCUGCCCCCUAUCUCCCCCAUCUCCCCCACUUCCCCACUUCCCCUUCCCCUGCCCCCUAUCUCCCCCAUCUCCCCCACUUCCCCACUUCCCCCUUCCCCUGCCCCCUAUCUCCCCCAUCUCCCCCACUUCCCCACUUCCCCCUUCCCCUGCCCCCUAUCUCCCCCAUCUCCCCCACUUCCCCACUUCCCCCUUCCCCUGCCCCCUAUCUCCCCCAUCUCCCCCACUUCCCCACUUCCCCCUUCCCCUGCCCCCUAUCUCCCCCAUCCCCCCACUUCCCCACUUCCCCCUUCCCCUGCCCCCUAUCUCCCCCAUCUCCCCCACUUCCCCACUUCCCCCUUCCCCUGCCCCCUAUCUCCCCCAUCUCCCCCCACUUCCCCACUUCCCCCUUCCCCUGCCCCCUAUCUCCCCCAUCUCCCCCACUUCCCCACUUCCCCCUUCCCCUGCCCCCUAUCUCCCCCAUCUCCCCCCACUUCCCCACUUCCCCCUUCCCCUGCCCCCUAUCUCCCCCAUCUCCCCCACUUCCCCCACUUCCCCCUUCCCCUGCCCCCUAUCUCCCCCAUCUCCCCCACCUUCCCCCCACUUCCCCCCUUCCCCUGCCCCCUAUCUCCCCCAUCUCCCCCCCCACUUCCCCACUUCCCCCUUCCCCUGCCCCCUAUCUCCCCAUCUCCCCCACUUCCCCACUUCCCCCCUUCCCCUGCCCCCUAUCUCCCCCAUCUCCCCCACUUCCCCACUUCCCCCUUCCCCUGCCCCCUAUCUCCCCCAUCUCCCCCACUUCCCCACUUCCCCCUUCCCCUGCCCCCUAUCUCCCCCAUCUCCCCCACUUUCCCCACUUCCCCCUUCCCCUGCCCCCUAUCUCCCCCCAUCUCCCCCACUUCCCCCACUUCCCCUUCCCCUGCCCCCUAUCUCCCCCAUCUCCCCCCAUUCCCCACUUCCCCCUUCCCCCUCCCCUGCCCCUAUCUCCCCCAUCUCCCCACUUCCCCACUUCCCCCUCCCCUGCCCCCUAUCUCCCCCAUCUCCCCCACUUCCCCACUUCCCCCUUCCCCUGCCCCCUAUCUCCCCCAUCUCCCCCACUUCCCCACUUCCCCCUUCCCCUGCCCCUAUCUCCCCCAUCCCCCACUCCCCCACUUCCCCCCUUCCCCCCUUCCUUCCCCUGCCCCCUAUCUCCCCCAUCUCCCCCACUUCCCCACUUCCCCCUUCCCCUGCCCCCUAUCUCCCCCAUCUCCCCACACUUCCCCACUUCCCCUUCCCCUGCCCCUAUCUCCCCCAUCUCCCCCACUUCCCCACUUCCCCCUUCCCCCUUCCCCCUAUCUCCCCAUCUCCCCCACUUCCCCCCCACUCCCCCUUCCCCUGCCCCCUAUCUCCCCCAUCUCCCCCACUUCCCCACUUCCCCCUUCCCCUGCCCCCUAUCUCCCCCAUCUCCCCCACUUCCCCACUUCCCCCUUCCCUGCCCCCUAUCUCCCCCAUCUCCCCCACUUCCCCACUUCCCCUCCCCUCCCCCUUCCCCUGCCCCCUAUCUCCCCAUCUCCCCCACUUCCCCACUUCCCUCCCCCUUCCCCUGCCCCCUAUCUCCCCCAUCUCCCCCACUUCCCCACUUCCCCCUCCCCCCCCCCUGUGCAGCGAGUUCUCGUUUGACCCGGCGCGGUGGCCGCGGCAGCAGAUGCAGGAGGACUUUGCAGCGCUAGGCGCGGAGCUGGGCGCGGAGAGGUCAAACGUGCAUGUCAUGGCACAGGACAAGCGCCUGCGCAUGGCUGUGCUUGUGUCGCAGCAGGUGCGGGGGGGGGGGGAAUCGUGGGUGGGUGGGAGCAGCGCUGGGCGUGGAGCUGGGAGCGGAGAGGUCGAAGGUGCUCGUCAUCGCACAGGACAAGCGCCUGCGCAUGGCCGUGCUGGUGUCACAGCAGAGGGCGGAGAGCUGGGGCUGGAGAGGUCAAAGGUGCAUGUCAUGGCACAGGACAAGCGCCUGCGCAUGGCCGUGCUGGUUUCACAGCAGGUGGGGUGGAAGGUAGAGGGCGGGGGUGUUGGGGUUGGACGGGGGUUUGGCAGGGGCGGGUGGGUGGGGUGGGAAGGAUGA